AUGGCUGAACUAAAGACAUACGCGCCUCCAAGUGGUCCUCCACCGUCAAAUACUGGUGAAGAUUAUGGGAAGCUUUUGAAGUAUUGCGUGGGAACCAUAAACCGACUGCAAGCACCAAAGGUGUUUGACGAGCAUUUACGAAGACUUGGGAAGAAACGUAAAGCCCUGUUUGGUGGGAAUAAAGAGGCGAAAAAACUUGCAGAAGUAUUCGAAAAGCAGGUGAUAAACUCAUGUUUAGACGGGUUACCCCUGUACGCGAACGAUCAAGCAGUGAUUAAUCAACUAGCUCAGUCCAGGUGUCUAACUCGAAUCAAAGAGGUUGCUGCCGAGUUUGGGAUACCAGAUCAGGAGUAUGUUUUUUACGACUUAUGCCAACUUUGUUUAUUCAAGAUCGUAUUCUACAUUGAUAACUCGGGCUCGAUGAAGAAAGGCAACCGACUGCAGCAGCUACACGAUUUCCUCAAGCUUUUCAUGAAAAUCAACGUUAGUCCACAACCACUGAGACUGAAAUUUAUGAACCACAAUAAUGAGAUCCAUGCUUUUCUGAGGCAAAAGUUCAAUAUUGAUUGCGAUAGAAUCGAGACAGAAGAGCAGCUGAACACUGUGAUGGCCAACAUCGCAAUAAAUGGCGCCACUCCACUGGCUACCAACUUGUACACUACAAUCCUUGAGCCUGAAGUGCAGAACCGCAAACUUGGCCAGCCUCUGCUGGUUGUCACUUUUACGGACGGCUCGCCCAAUGGAGACAAAUACACAUUAGGGAAGGUCAUCAGGAUGGCGCAGAAAAAGCUUUCAGAGAACAACCUGCCGAAAAAGGCAAUUUGCUACCAGUUCGCUCAAAUUGGAGAUGAUAGAGAGGCAGGAGAGUAUCUAGAUAGCUUGGAUAGCGAUGCCACCAUUGGUGAUGUUAUCGACUGCACGUCUCCAAUCGAGAUUGAGAUGAAGCAAAUUCGGCGCAAGAAUCCAGAGCUGUCAACAGAAGUCAAUUAUGUGAAAAAACUGCUCCUUGGGCCUAUAGACAUUGCUUACGAUUCUAUGGAUGAGAUCAAUAAUCGUGUAUAUUGA